CUACUAAUGUUUGUAGAUUGGAGUCAAUUUAUUGCAGUUGCCGUUGUGAGCAUAUAUAAAUAAAUAUGGAUUUUAUUGAUGAUUUCAUACAGGAAUAUAAAAAUAAUCCGUGUUUGUGGAAAGCAGAUUCUAUUCAUUUUAAGAAUAGAAGUAAAAGACAGGAGGCUUAUAUGAAAUUAAUUGCAGUUGCUGGAAAACAUGGUGAACACUACAAUGUUGAGAGAACGAAGCAAAAAAUAAACAAUUUAAGAUGUGCGUUUCGCCACCAGUUAAAAAAAUACGACGAAAUUAAAAAUAAGGGUGAAAAUGAUGAACCUUAUUGUCCAAAACGUAAAUAUUUCGAAUCGUUAAUGUUUUUAAAAGAUGAGGAGAGCUUGGACAAAAAGAACAAGAAUGCUAAGGAAAGUAUAGAGAAAAGUAAUAAAACAGCUACAAUUUUGAGCGUUGAAAAUAUAACGCCUGGUGAAUUUAUUGAUAUCCCGAAAACACCGACUAAAGAAAAAGUUAUAUGUUCACCUGUCGAUAACCCACCCGAGGUUGAUAAAGUUCUUAAAAUACACGAAACAAGGCAAGAAUCGCGCAUUAAAAGAGAAAUAUUUAAAAAAGAAAAUGAAUCUAGUGAAGAAAAAACAGGAACUACAACCGAAACUACACACAAUAAUAAUGCAGUAAAUGAUUCUAUAGAGACGUUUGGAUUCGGUAAAGAAUCACCAGAACGCCAUAAACGGAAAAGUUGCCGAAAAAGAUCAUCAUCCAAUUCAUCACAUAUAUCAAAUGAAAGUGAAAUUGCAAAUUCAAAAUCUCAAAAAUUUGAUUGUACCUCUAUGGAUUUUGAGAAAUUAUUCAGUUUAACGUGUAAGAAUAUACAAAACCACAUGGAUGAUCAUUUUACGAAUUUUGGUAAGAUAAUUGCACAUAAACUUAGAACGAUGGAUGCCACACAGGCAAUUUAUGCUGAAAAACUCAUUGCUGAUGUAUUAUUUCAAGGACAAAUGAAACUGCUCACUUCUUUGAACAUAAAUCGGUUUUCAAGUAUUGAUCCCAGUCUGUACCCAGAAAAUAAUUCGAAUAAAUAAUUUAUAAUACAAAUGAAUAUAUAAACUUUUAUAUUUACAUAAUAAAGUUUAAAUGCA